AGGUGUUGAGUUAAUUAUCUUUGCGUUGUCGGAGUCAGUAGCUGUCACUUGUCAGUAGCUUGUGUUUGUAAACUACGGCAUGGCUAGGUUACUUUUUAUCUCAAAUUCAGUAGCCUUGAGAUGUGAAGUACUGAGAUAAAAUUUCUAUUAUCGUGCUGAUUGUAUCCGUGCCUACGGUUUCGUGUUUGAAUUGACGAUGGCAGCUGCAGGAAAGAGCGAUGCCGAUUCUAAAUUCAAUUUAGUGAUUGUCCGCGAUGCCUUGAAAAAUUCACUUAUUGAAGAUGACGACGUUCAAAUGGACAGUUAUAUUGUUGCUUACAAGGAGCUCCUGAAAUUCUUCCAUCUUUUGGGUUCUGUGUUCAGUUUUGUUUCAAGUGAUGUAGAAAAUAAAAUUGAAAUAUUACAGCAAUUUAGAGCAGAAAAAGAGAGCAGUAACUUUGUUUCUUUAAAAACUAUGAUACUCUAUGAAAAAUCAUCUGGACUUUUGAAUAAUUCCAAAUACGUGUCAGGAAGCAGAACGUUUUUACGCCUUCACCGUGGUUUAGAUUUUAUAAGACUGUUCCUGACACGAGUGAAGGAGCUAAAUGAUAAAGACAAAACGUCUGGAGUAUGCCAGAGUGCUUAUGAUGAAACUUUAGGCAACUUCCACCCUUUCCUUAUUCGUAAAGGAGCAAAAGCUGCAAUGUAUGUGUUGCCAACAAAAGAGGGAUUGCUUCAAAAGGUUUGUGGAAGCAAAGAGGAAGUUGAAGCUGCAAGUUUAGUUCUACCUGAAAUGUUGGAUGUGAUGGGAGAGGUACAUAAGCGUAGCAACAAUCUCUACGAUAAACAUGACUUACAUGGUCUGCCAUAACAGUAGUCAGUAUUACUAAAGAGAAAUGUGCAUUUACUUUGAGCAUUCUUGUUUCAGUUCAGAGCUUUAAUAAUGGGAAGAUUUCCUAUGUUCCUAUAAUUUUUGAGGUGGUGUACUUAAAUUUUAUUAAAUGUGAAUUUGCUUCCAAAAUAA